AUGAACUUGAGAGCAUUCGUAUCCAACAGUUCAGCGAUAACGAAAGCGAUCACAUCAGAAGAUCAAUCGUCAAAUUCAUCACCCAAAGUACUCGGACUGCGAUGGGAUUCCAAAACGGAUGAGUUCUCUAUUGACGUCAAAACUGACGAUCACGAAGAAAGCGAACCAAUAGAAACCUUCGUGGCAGCUUCAUCCACAGGAUUAGAAACAUCACACAAACCAAAGGACUUGGUAGACCUCUCUCGGUAUAGUAGCAAAACGAAGGUUUUGAGGAUAAUUGCAUACGUCAUCAAAUUCGUCAGACGUACCACAGAACGGCUGCAAGUUUCGAUAAGAAACAAACUGCAACCCUAUUUGAGAUAUACUCACAGUCGAGGUCAAGGAAAUCACCUCACUGCUGCCGACAUUCAGGACGCUCAUUGCGCAUUGAUUAAAAAUCACCAAGCUGUCCACUUACAUCAGCAGAAUAAGAAAGAGCUGUUCAAAAACCUCAACCUGAGAAAGGGCAAAGACCUUCUCAUACGAGCAUACGGACGCAUAAACAAACGCUCGGUGAACCACUUGGUACCUCUCGAAAUUCAAGGAAACAGCGGCAAGUUCAACUCGGAUUCCUCGGAAAGAACACGUGGAGCAUCAGCUGAAGAAUUCUCUUCUCACGUUUGGUGGAAAGCCUACUCACUCCGAAGUAUAUCGGAAAAUGGCAUUAGCACCUCAUUUUUCACCAUAAAGGUCAAAACUGACGAUCACGAAGAAAGCGAACCAAUAGAAACCUUCGUGGCAGCUUCAUCCACAGGAUUAGAAACAUCACACAAACCAAAGGACUUGGUAGACCUCUCUCGGUAUAGUAGCAAAACGAAGGUUUUGAGGAUAAUUGCAUACGUCAUCAAAUUCGUCAGACGUACCACAGAACGGCUGCAAGUUUCGAUAAGAAACAAACUGCAACCCUAUUUGAGAUAUACUCACAGUCGAGGUCAAGGAAAUCACCUCACUGCUGCCGACAUUCAGGACGCUCAUUGCGCAUUGAUUAAAAAUCACCAAGCUGUCCACUUACAUCAGCAGAAUAAGAAAGAGCUGUUCAAAAACCUCAACCUGAGAAAGGGCAAAGACCUUCUCAUACGAGCAUACGGACGCAUAAAC